AAACGCAGAGCUGGUACGCAUAAAUUUUCGAAUAUUUUUUUUUACAAAAAACCGAAAAUAUUUCACGGUAUAAAUACCGUUGCGUGUGUGACCGUCGAGCAUUCAGUUGUUUGUUUCCAACAGGCGAUUACCUGGCAGAGUUUACAAAAAUGUUCAAAUAUCUUAUCUUCUUUGUCGCCAUCGGGCUCAGCGUAGCCGCCAUUCCGCGUCGUCCUUUCUAUGGCCUUACCAGCGGUGGUCGUGGUAGUGUUAGCGGUGGUCGCGUUGGUGGUAGCAUCAGCAGCGGCGGUAGCUCCCAUGCAAGCGUUGGUCAUGUUAGCGGUAGCAGCGGCAGCAGCAGCUCCCAUGCAAGCGGCGAUGAAGCGCAUGCAGAAAUCAAAGCCAUGCACUCCGAUGUGCGUCCAGACGGUUUCGAGUACGCACUGGAGACCAGCAAUGGCAUUCAAUCUGCACAGUCCGGGGAUGCAAAUGGCAAUAUACAAGGCGAUUUCCAAUGGGUCUCACCCGAAGGUGAACAUGUGCAAUUCUCCUACAUUGCCGAUGAGAAUGGCUACCAGCCAAAGAGUGAUCUUCUGCCAACUCCGCCACCAAUCCCAGAGUACAUUAUCAGAGCGCUCGAGUACAUUCGCACUCAUCCACCAAAAGAGGAAUCGGAGCGUCGCGUUUCAGCUCCAUCCUCCUCGGCCUCAACGCCCAAGAAGCCUACACCUCGUCGCAAAUAUUAAGUGAGAGUUGAAAAAAUAACAGAAUGCGCUCAGUUUGGAUGCGGUGAACGUAUUUGAAUUGUGCUCGCGUUUGUGUGAGAUGAAAAUGUUUUUAUUUUUGUAAGAAAAUAAAUAAUUGUUUUAUAUCAAGCUACACAA